AUGCCGCCGAAAAAAGAUAUUAAAGAUGGAGAAGAACGAGAAUCACGUGACACCACAUCCUAUAUCUCGUUUGCAGAUGUGGAGAAGUCGAUGACGUCAUUUAGUGGUGAUGAUUCUUACCCGAUUUCAACAUGGUUUGAAGAAUUUGAUGACACGGCACUGUUGAUGAGCUGGACUGAAGUAGAAAAACUGAUUUACGCGAAAAGACUCCUAAGUGGAACUGCAAAACUAUUUCUACGAUCGCUCGGAGGUGUAAAAGAUUAUCAAAAAUUAAAACAAGAACUCGAAGAUGAAUUUGGAUCUAAAUUGAAUAGUGCCGCCAUACAUAAAAAACUAAGCUCAAGAAAAAUGAAGAAAGAUGAAACUUACCAGCAGUAUUUUCUCCAUAUGAAAGAAUGUGCAUUACAUGGAAACAUCGAAGAUGCAGCACUUAUGGAGUACGUUAUUGAUGGUAUCCAAGACAGCGAAUCUAAUAAAUCUAUUUUGUACGGAGCGUCAAACCUUAAAGAAUUUAGAAAGAAAUUAGAUAUUUACAAAAGUAUUAAAGAAAAGACCCAGACUCGACCCAGUGUAUCUACUCCAUUUGCAAAGAAUAAUAAAAUAAAGCGAUGUUUUAAUUGCGGGGACCUAGAUCAUCAAGCCCCGACCUGCACGAAGGGUAUUAAGUGCUUCCGAUGCAAUGAAUUUGGACAUAAGGGAACUCAGUGUAAUAACAAAGGUAAAAAGACUUUAAAUAUUCAAAAGACUGACACGAAAAUUAAGACUGAUAAAGAAGACAAAGAAUUAGAAACUCCAUAUAAGAAGAUAAAGAUAAAUGAUGUCGAAAUUACAGCAUUAAUUGACACUGGGAGUGACGUGAAUUUGAUAAAGUUAUCUGAAGUUGAAAAAUUUAUGACAGAAAAAGUUAUCUAUGACAAAGAAAAAUCAAUACACCUAACUGGAAUUGCUGGAAAAGAACUAAAUACUAAAGGACUUCUGAAAGUUAAGGUUUUGAUUGAUGAUUAUUAUGCUGACUUGGAAUUUCACGUAGUACAAGAUUAUGCUAUAUCAGUCAGUGUCAUACUUGGAAAUCCUAUCCUCAAAGAUUUUGAAAUCAAUUUUACUCGUGAUGGUAUUUUCCUUGAAAAGAUUUCUUACCUUACACUACUGGCAAAAGAGAAGAACACUAUUUUUGAUGAACAUUACCCUGAAAAUAAAGAAAUUGCAGAUAAGGUUACAAAACUAAUUAAAGAAUAUAAAACUAAUGCUAAAAAGAAGGAAAGUAACGUUGAGAUGAAGAUAAUACUUACCGAAGAAGACCCGAUAUAUCAAAGUCCACGUCGAUUGUCACCACUGGAAAUGAAAGUUGUUGAUGAACAAAUAAAAGAAUGGCUAGAACAAAAGAUUAUACGACCCAGCAAAUCAGAUUUUGCAAGCCCUGUAGUUCUAGCUAAAAAGAAAGAUGGAACAUACAGACUUUGUAUAGAUUAUAGAAAGUUGAAUAAAAGAAUAGUGAAAGACCGAUUCCCAUUACCUCUUAUAGAAGAUCAGAUUGACAGAUUGAAGGGUGCAAAAGUUUUCACGACUUUAGAUUUGAAGAACGGAUUUAUGCAUGUGAAUGUGCAUGAAGAAAGCAGGAAGUUUACGGCCUUUGUAACUCCGCAAGGGCAGUAUGAAUUCAUGAAAAUGCCGUUCGGUCUUUGCACGGCGCCGUCAGUAUUCCAAAGGUAUGUCAACCAUGUCUUUCAAGAUCUUAUUUCUGACGGUACUGUCCUCGCCUACUUGGAUGAUUUGAUUUUACCCUCGGAGACAGAAGAAGAAGGAUUGGAGAAGCUGGUAAAAGUGUUCCAAAGAGCUGAAGAGUACGGUCUUUUAUUUAACUGGAAGAAAUGCCACUUCAUGAAGAGGGAGAUAGAAUAUUUAGGCUAUAUAAUACGGAAUAAUGAAUUACGCCCGUCAAAAGAAAAGAUUUCAGCCGUAUCAAGAUUUAAAACCCCUCAUAACAUCAAGUCUUUACAGUCUUUGUUAGGACUGUCUGGUUAUUUUAGAAAGUUCAUCAAAAAUUAUUCUAUAAUUGCAUAA